GAGGCAGGUGGAUCUAUGUAUUGCUGGGUGCUGUGCCAAAACCACAGUUGCUCCUUUGGAUCGAGUAAAGGUUUUAUUACAAGCUCACAACCACCAUUACAAACAUUUAGGGGUACUCUCUACACUGCGCGCCGUUCCCCAGAAAGAAGGAUACCUUGGACUGUAUAAAGGAAACGGUGCGAUGAUGAUUCGAAUCUUUCCCUAUGGUGCAAUCCAGUUCAUGGCCUUUGAGCAUUACAAAACGUUCAUUACUACAAAGCUGGGAGUUUCUGGUCAUGUACACAGAUUAAUGGCUGGAUCCAUGGCAGGCAUGACAGCGGUCAUCUGUACUUACCCUCUUGAUGUCGUUAGGGUGCGUCUAGCCUUCCAGGUGAAAGGAGAGCACACCUAUUCAGGGAUCAUUCAUGCAUUCAAGACAAUUUAUGCCAAGGAAGGUGGUUUCCUUGGAUUCUACAGAGGUCUGAUGCCUACUAUAUUAGGAAUGGCUCCAUAUGCAGGUGUUUCCUUUUUCACCUUUGGGACCUUGAAGAGCGUUGGGCUUUCCUAUGCUCCCACCCUGCUUGGCCGACCUUCGUCUGACAACCCUAAUGUCUUAGUUCUGAAAACUCACAUCAACUUACUCUGUGGUGGUGUUGCCGGAGCAAUCGCACAGACGAUAUCCUACCCAUUUGAUGUGACCCGUCGGAGAAUGCAGUUAGGGACAGUCCUACCGGAGUUUGAAAAGUGCCUUACCAUGAGGGAGACCAUGAAGUAUGUGUACGGACACCAUGGGAUUAGGAAAGGACUGUAUCGCGGCUUAUCUCUGAACUACAUCCGCUGCAUCCCCUCUCAAGCUGUGGCUUUCACGACGUAUGAAAUUAUGAAACAAUUUUUCCACCUUAACUAAAGGAAAAAAUUAUGGUUUUCUUCCAUAAAUCCUUAGAGGAAAAAAUAUAUAUAAAUGUUAUCUUAAUUGUGAGGGAAAUGUUACUUGAAGGGGAUGUUUGCCUUGUCACAGGAACCACUGGGAUUUUAAUACUUGAUUUCUGUAUGUUUUUAAAUCAGGAUCAAAAGUAUUUAGCAGAAUUUUUUGUUUUCCUUUUGAUGGGAUCUAGACAUGUAAUUCUUGGCUGGCUUGGAACUCACCGUGGAGACCAGGCUGGCCUCAAUCUCACGGCAAUCCUCUUGCCUCUGCCUCCCAAGUAUGAGAUCCCAGGCAUGUGCCACCAUGCCUGCUCUAACGUACUUUUUAAUGCCAGACAUUAUACCUAAGAACACUGAAAAACCAUCUCAUGCUGACGGUGGUGACCUGUUGGUUAUUUUAAAGUUCUGUUUGGAAGGAGAGGUAGGUUCAUAUUGGAGUUCAAGAGAUUGUCAUUAGUCUUACCACACUAUCCCAAACUUUUAAUUGUGACUUUUAAUUGUAAUCAUGGUUAUUGAUGUGGGGAGGGACUGGAAUCGAACCCAGGGCCUUUUGCAUGCUAAGCAUAUGUUGUACCCCUAAGCCACAUUCCCCAACCUGUAAUUAUGAUUGUCUGGGGGAAUUGGGAUUGGGGCCAGGGGUCCUGGAACUAUCUCUUGUAGACCAGGCUGGCCUCGAACUCACAGAGAUCUGCCUGCCUCUGCCUCCCAGAGUGCUGGGAUUAAAGGUGUGCACCACCUCCCGGCUCCCUUUUUCUUUUUUAGUGAGGUGCUGGGGUCAAACUCAUGCAUGCUAAUCACACACGACCAAUGGCCUACAGCCCCAGCCCUCUAACACUGCUUGUUUUUAUCCCCCACACCCACUGUCCUUCCUUUCCUUGUGCUGGGGAGUAACCUCAGGGUCUCUCGCCUGUCUUGCUAGAUGAGCGCUCUACCUCUGAACCACAUCUCCAGCAUUCUGACAUUGUGUAGUGUUAGUAAAACCAGCAGGCUUAGUUUUAUUAUAGUCGAAUAAGAAUUGAAUAUUUAAGUUCUAUGAAACAUAGCCAGCAACAAAGUAGUGUUCUUGUUAUGAUUCUUUUCAUAAUUCUGCUCCAGUUGAUAGAAGGACCCCUUUCCCUCCAUUGUUUUGAAACAUUUUUCUUUAUUUGUAUUUUCCUGUCUUUGGGGAUGACUCUAGGACCUUGUACGUGCCAGGCAAGUGGUGGACCUCCCACUGAGCUACAUCCUCAUUUCUCUCCUCAUUUCUCAAUAAAGUUAGUGUUGUUCCAAAAAAGAGAGACUUAAUCAGGUUUUGUUCCAAUGGCUAAUACUGGGUACUUUGAUUUCUGUGAGUUUUAAAAGCCACUGUAUCUCCCAAAGGCAGGAAUGAUGAUAACUAAAUAUCUCUGCUCCUAAAAGGAGAGUAGCACUGUAGAUGUUUGUCUUAAAUCACUUGGUAUGUACUAGAAACUUUAAGUGGACCAUGAAUAUAGCUGAAAAAAUGUUUCUAAGAUUUUAUGUCAAGACACAAGUUCUUCCAUGUAAAGUAAGCUUAGUGUGUUAUACUCCUAAGUGUAAAUAUAAAACAUGCUUUGAUCGUAACAUUUUAAAGAAAGUUGUUUAGAAUAUCAGUAUUCUGAUCAUUGUGUUUAGAGCACUUUUCCUUUUUUGUUGUAAGCAUGACCAUGGCGUAGAAGCAAUAGACUGCCCGUCUUUAGAGGUAGAGGUUUGUAGAAUUGCUGUGAUUUUUAGGAGAUUAAUUCUAAGCUGCUAAUGUUAUUUCUGUAUUUUUUCAUGUAAAGACUUCUUGUAAUAUCUUAGUAAAAAUUAAAUGAAUUAGUUUCAUCUUUAUAAUCUUUACUUUAAAAAUAAACAUGUGCUUUGUGACUUUGAGUGUACCGGGAGUGGGGAUACAUCUGUUUAUAAAGCUCUUUUGUAUAUUUUCAUUUCCGGACCACACUGUAGCUAAUUAGUUCAUUCAAUCUUAAGGUAAUUUAAACCUAUAAAAUAAAUAUCUCACUUAUAUUAUCAAUAAAAGAGAACUGAAAAUAUUUUUUAAAAUAAGAAAUUGUAUUCUAUGUCUGUUAUAGAAUCCAUAAGAUAUUAAAAGUAAUUUUUUAUCCCUA